AAAACUAAGUUUCUAUACAAUAUGAGUUAAUGCAUCUGAGUGAAUAUCAUUCUUUUCACGUGCUCGAAUGCCAUUAAGAUAAUUCUCAGACUUUAUCAAGGCUAAAUUUAGCUGCACAUCAUCUAUGGUGACUCGUGCACAUGUGUGGGCUUGUGUAUGUCAUCGCCGACGUCACGCAUUUUGACUUUCUAUGCGUCGUCAUGCUCGCAUUGCUGAAAUUCGACUGCUUUUACAACUCUUGAUGAGCAAGUGAUUAGCACCAUUUUGAAGUCGAGACACCACCCUAACCCUCCCAGAUGAAUAGAGUAAAACAGAGUUAACUAUAGCCUAGAUAUUACUCCCCAGCUCACUGACUGCAUUAAAAAUACACUGUCUUUAGAUCUAUAAUCAGGCUGAAUGAUAUCUGAGCAAACCCUUCUAGAAAAUAAUGAAAACUGGUUAAGUUUGGUUUAUGAUGGCGAUUCACUGUUUGGUGUCUCAGGUCUGAUCAUGGAGAAUGGGAUCAGCAGCAUCUCCUGGAAUCCUUUCUAUUCAAACCCACAGAGUCCAGGGAAUGGAGAUCAAGAUGCUAUCGACACAAUCAGAGAAAAUCAUUCUGAUCAGGACUAUGAUGUGAAAACGGAGAACAAUGUGUUGCCAAACAUGACGAGUUUAACCAAAACUCAUCACCCGGCUGAGUUUUCAGACCAUCCUUUUCCAGCUUCAGACGGGGUUUUGUUUUCUCCGCCUGAUUUUUAUAAAGACGACACGCCGAUUGGCUUCCGAAGCACGUCAGCGGCAGGCACACGGAGUGAAGAGACAGACAUUUUCCAGCCUUUUAAAGAGAAGGCAGACACUGAUGUGACACACAGCAGCUCAGCCAAUCAGAACGCAGAAUCCUGGCCUUCGUCCAAUCAGAGGGAUCCCCUCCUGGAAUUCAUCCUCUCCAGAGGGAAGAACUUCCCAGCUCCACCAUCUGAAACCAUCAGCGUUCUCCAAGAAACCUCCACUAAAGCAGACGGUUUCCUCAAAACUCCUUCAGUGUCCACCUCGCCGUUCGUUUCUAAUACCAACGAUAUUUUCAAGACAUCCUCGUCCAGCGCAGGAUCCAAGGUCCCCGACAUCCAGUCGUUCGAUCCUCUGUUCGCCCCUCAGGAUGAAGUUCAGUGCACUCAGAAGAGCGCUGAUCUACUGUUCACCCGUCAGGAGGACGCUGCUGCGUCUCACGGUCAAGAGACGCCAGCUUUAGCAACACCUUCCACAAGCAUCUCAAAUGGAGAUCUGAUGUUCAGGAGGCGUCCGCCCAGAGCUGCUCCCCGCAGUAAACCCCCGAAGCACCUCCUCCAGCCUCCUGCUCUCUCUCAGAUCACGUCGCCUGUGGUGGAGAGAGAUCCGCUGGUUUAUGAGGACGUUCUUCUCAUCGGUCAGGAGAAUUGUGUGGAGGACUGGCCUGAACACAGUCCAGAACUUUCUCCAGAAUGGAAACCAGCUGGCAAGCUCAGGCUUCGCAGAGACUCUGUACGGAUUUCAGACGCGUCUGAUGGAGGCGGUGAUGGGCAUCUGAAGAAGAACGGGAAGCAGACUCUGGGAAGGAAACUGAGACACUCGCUGCUGAUCAGGAGGAGCUCAAAGGAUAAAACUGGAGAUGAAGUGAAGAGCUCAGAGACGAACACACACUCACUGAAUCGAGGCUCAAAGCUCAUUAACGGCACGGAUAAGUUUUUCGCUCCAGAUGAAGAAGAGCAGAAUGAAGCUGCGGAGUAUAAAUCGAAGAAACCAUCAAAACCCAAGAUUAUUACACACCGCAGAGGCUCUAAGGUGAAAUCUGCUGAAGCUUCAGACUAUAAGGAUGAUUUAACUUCCUCAUGGAAACACGCUGAUCUCGAGGCUUUGAGAGAGAAGAAAGCAGACGAUGUGGACUGCAAACCGAAGCAGCCACAUAAAUUCAAGCCUCCUGUAGCACACCUACCAUCAAAGGAAAAUUUUGCAGUUGGUCUGAAAUCAAUGAAUGGUCCUCCACUGAUGGAAUCAAAGACAGCAGAGAUCGACACACAUCCGGAUGAUGAAGAGCGAAACGCAGAGGAGACUGAUGGACAGAAAUCGAAAAAGAAAGUGCGAGUUAAGUUUGUUCCACACCGAGGGUUUGUCAUCGGUUUAUCCAGGGUUGACAAGGCUAAUAAUAAAACCAAGGAGGAAAUACCACAUCUGAAGGGUGAUGAGGGGUUUGAUGAUCUGAAGGGAGCGAUUGGUUACGACUUCAAGGGAGACACGUUACUGAAAGCUGAAGCGGGACAGAGUUACUCACCCAACCAUGUUCAGAGUCCAUAUUUUAAUGACUUUACGAGUCCAGCAUGGGAUUCAAAGGCAGAUCUGGAGACGGACGUCCACAAAGCCUCGGAUCUCUUCACAGCUUCAGACGCCAGUGAGAGACAUCAGAAGAAAUCAAUAAAGUUUAAAGUCCUUCGCCUGCAUCGCAGACAGUCAAAGAGUUUUGAAGAUCCUGAGAUCAAGCAGAGCAAAGAUUCAGAGAUGAAGAGGCCUCCUCUUCUUCAAGUGCGGCCGCUGUCGCCUCGAGACUCAAAGAUCUCUGAAGACAGCGAGCUCCCUCAAAAGGGUGCAGAUCUGUUCAAAGCAGGAGACGUGGAGCUGGCGGAGGAAUAUACGCCGGACAAUAAACCACAGAAACCUACAGAGCCUGAGGCGCAUCGCAGAGGCUCAAAGACUAAAGACAUAAAGGAGUUUCCUGAAGACUUUCUGGAGCCUCCAGGAGCUGUGUCUGGAGAUUUUCACCUGUCUGAUGCUGCUGAGGCUGAGUGGCUGUCGGCUCAGAUGGACAUGAGACGACUGAAAGAUCAAGAGGAAGAGCAGAAGCAGGAGGAAGAGGAUGAUGAAGGGGACACUGACAGUCUGAUGGAGUGGUGGAACACAGUGGAGUCUUGGGAUGAAAUACCUCCUGAUGAGACAAUCAGAACUAAAGAAGAAGAGACCACAUCUUUUAAAGUGGUCGCUGAUAAGGUCCACCGUGGCCUCCGCGUGUAUCUGAAGCUCUUCAUGGAGCGCGCAGAGCUGCUCUACCAGCACGUGCUGAUCUUAUACGGCAUCGCUGACGACCUCAGCAACUUCCACCACCGCGCUAAAAUCGCGAACAUCACGGGAGGAACGACCACCGCGGUGGGGGGAGCCGCGGCCAUCGCAGGACUGGCACUGAUUCCCGUCACGUUUGGAGCGUCCAUCAUCAUCUCGGCCAUCGGACUGGGCGUCGCUACAGCGGGCGGCAUCACGGCCGCUUCCGCCAGCAUCUCAGACACCAUCAACAACAUGCACGACCGUAAGAAGAUAGAAAUAAUCAUCAUGGACUACGAGGCCCAGCUGGUGGAAAUGCAGCACUGUUUGCGAUUCGUCAUUGAAGGUCUUUGUCGAUUGCGCUCUCAUCCGCUGCUGCGACGAAACAACUACUACACCGGUGACUGGGAGGUACGACGCGCCCUACAGACCAUUAGCUUAGUUAGCGACCCGGUAGACCGAGCGGAAGAACUAAUUCACCGCACACUGGCCAAGUUAGCCAGUCUGCAGAAAGGAAUAGACAAGUACUUCACCAAAGACUCGAAAGAGGUGAAGAAGGGCUGUAAGAAGGAGGUGACGGCUGAAGUGCGAAUCCUGGCCAAACAGCUGCACGAAGGUUUAGCGGAGCUCAACUCCAUCAGAGAACAGCUGCUGGACGCGAGUGGAAACAUCUAGGAGUCAUCUCACAGUCGCUUUUGGCUUCAGCAGCCUGCGCUCCCAUUGGUUGUUGCUGCUGAUUUGCAUAAAAUGGAAUGGUGAUUUUCAGCAAGUUCCGACUCCCA